UCCGGACUAGGCUUACCAAUUCUUAGGACUCAAAAUAUAUAGUGACAAUUACCAGACAAAUAAUCCCUCAUCGGUAUAUUUUUAAGCCUUUCCGAUAAACAAUAGAUUAUUAGCCAUGUUGUUUUUAAUAGUAUAAAUAUCAUAAGAGCUAUACCCCUUGACAAAUAAUCAAAAUUAUCUAAUGCUCUAUUUAGCAAUUACAUCCUUACAUAAUGACAAUUGAAACCUCACUAAAAAUCGUAACACCUGUUGGUAUGCUCGGUUAUGGAUAUGAUGAAAAUGAACUUUUUCAAGCCAUCAAUCGAGGUGCCAGUGCAAUUAUUAUUGAUUCAGGUUCAACUGAUAGUGGACCUCAAAAGCUUGGGUUGGGUAAGAUGACAUGUCCCCCAGAUUCAUAUAUUAGAGAUUUACAACCCCUUGCGGAUGCUGCUUUCCAUAGAAAAGUCAAAGUUAUUAUUUCUUCUGCAGGAGGUGAUGGAAGUAAUGAACAUGUUGAUACUUUUGUCCUGAUGAUCAAAGAUUAUGCUAAACAGAAGAAGUAUAAUUUAAAUAUUGUAAAAAUAUAUGCAGAGAUUCCAAAAUCUGAUAUACAUCAAGCACUUGAUGAUGGUUUAAUAGAACCUUGCGGUAAGGGUCCAUCAGAAUUAACCCAUGAUGAAGUUAUUGCUUCAACUCGAGUUGUUGCACAAAUGGGUAUGGAACCCUUUGUUGAAGCUAUGAAAUUAUAUCCCGAUUAUGAUAUCAUAAUUGCUGGUAGAGCUUAUGAUCCAUCUCCAUAUGCUGCUUACUGUUAUUUCAAUGGAUAUACAAAUAUGGGGGUUAUAUAUAAUAUGGGUAAAGUAAUGGAAUGUGGAGGUCUUUGUUUAACACCCAAGUCGAAAACAGCCUUCGCUGAAAUUUGGCAAGAUAAAUUUGAAAUUUCAAGUAUGGCUACAAAUGUUGUAUGUACUGCUGAAUCUCUUGCUGCACAUACAUUGUAUGAAAAAUCUAGACCAGAUUUACUUCCUGGUCCAGGUGGUGUGUUAGAUUUACGUGAAGCUGAAUUCAUUUCUAAAGAAAAAUCUGCAGUUGCAAAAGGUGCCAAAUUCAUUAAGAGUGAUGAGUAUACGAUUAAGUUAGAAGGUGCUAAAGUAGCAGGUUAUAAAACUUUAUUUGUUGGAAGUAUCAAUGACCCAAUAUUGACAUCAAAUAUAUCAGAAUUCAUUGUGGCUGUGAAGCUUUAUCUUAAAAGUGUAUUUAAAGGUAAAGAAUAUGAAUUGAAAAUUGAUAUCUAUAAGGGAAACUCUUCAAUAUCCACAUAUGUUGAUGUUCCACAAAUAGGAGGUGGAUCAGUAUUCUUGUUAGGUGAAGUACUUUCUUCAAAUCAAGAAUUAUCUAACAGUAUUGCAUCAAUGGCUAGAAUUGCUGUUGUUCAUGGCCCUUACCCUGGCCAAAAAGCCACUGCAGGAAACUUGGCAAUGCCAGUUAUCCCUCUUGAAAUACCUCUUGGAGUACAUUGUGAAUUCAAUAUUUACCAUUUAAUGAAAGUUCAAGAUUCACUCAAAUACUUUAGAAGUGAAAAAGAAAUAUUGCUCUUUGGUGAAGAUCCUUCUACUACAAGACUUAAGAAUUACCAGCCAGAAAUACCAGAAAGUGAUUCUCUGAUGCUGGCACUUCAAAAGGCCAGUAAAGAUAUUAAAAAUCGACCUUUCAAUUUUCCUAGUGAAUUGAAUAAGCCAAAAGAUAACAAUUAUGUAUUUCUUCACCUGUUAGCGAAAGUAAUUCGUUCUAAGAAUGCUGGUCCAUUUGAAAUAACCUUUGACGUUAUUUUUCCAGAUGUUGAAACAUUUGAAUGGGUUAAACAACUGCAGGCUUUAUCGUUGGAGAAGAUGAGUAAACUUUAUAAUAUCGAAGAAAAUGAUGUUAUAGCUCAUUUGUUCUUUCGACAAUCACUUUCAUUUAAGUUUACAAUUCCCCGUAAACAUAGUAGUGCAAGCUUUUAUGACAAUGACCUUCAUGGUAGUCAACAACAUGUCCCAUUAAUGUUUGUUCAAGUAUUACAAAAAUAAUUAAUUUAUAUUUAAAUAUAUAUUAGAAAUAU